AUGUCAACCACAACCACAACUACAACGGCAGUAAAAAAUGAAAAACUUUCUUCAAUGGACGGACAACUCAACAAUUUCAAGAAGAUGCAUUUAAAGCCGGUGAGGUUUCUUGUAUCUUCGAAAAUUACAAAACUCAUAAAUCCAUUUUUUUUAAAUCGUUCAUCAAAGACGAUUCUAACUAUAAAAAUUUUUCACAAAAAAAUGGCUUUACUUCUAUUCAAACUUUUUUUAGAGAAAAUUCAAUUUUUUUCAAUUAAAAAUUUCCAGAUUUCUGGACUUGAAUGGUUCUAUCUACAGUACAUUCUGGUAACAGGUCUCUACAUGCUGGAGCCUUGGGAAAGAAAACUAUUCAACUCCGUACUUGGAUUCUUCGUUUCAUUAUUUAUCGCCUCUCUAUAUUAUUUAUAUCACUAA